GAGAGAGGGGGCGAAUUAAUAAUACACAAAGUGGGCCAUGAAGUAUUUACAAAAAAACCAUGAUACGUCUAGCUACUUACUAUUUAUCACUGUAUAUUAUAUAUCUACUCGUGUUUUUAAAGGGCAAAGUUACGUUACACAUAAACAAUCAAAAUUUUAUACCAAAAUUCGUGUCGCUAUUUAUUGAAAGCCGACGUCGAGCUAUUUAAAAUCGAUGGAGGCGGCCGAGGUGCAGACACCGGCCAAGGACCUAACCAGGGAAGAUUACGAAGAGGAGUUAGUGCAACUGAACAGGCAAUUGGCCGGUGCCAGGGCCGAGCACCGCCGAGCAAGGGAUGCUCUGGACGCGGACGAGGCCGAGUACUUCGGUACCAAGGAACGGCGUGAGAUGGUGCUCGGUGAGAACGGCCGCCUGAUAGCAGAACGUCAGCUGUCCGUGGACGGACUGACGGCCGAGAAACAGCGGCUGGUGGCCCAGGUGAACAGCUAUUGGGCCGUCGUGAAUGCGCUGUACGAACGCAGGGAAAUCCAAUACGAGCGGAUGUUGGCGCGCCUGAAGGAGGACACGGACUUUGUCAGAACCAGGUUCGAUGCCGCCACCCAGAGGAUCGAGCAAAGGGCCGCCAUGAUGGACAAGAUCACUCGGGUGUUGGAGAAUUCGAGAAAUCUCAAGCAAAAACAACGGGAGGGUAUGUACGCUAAUACACAGAUAUUCACUUGCUCAAUGCACAAAUACACCGAGGAAUUAGAGAGAUAUAUCGGAAAAUACUUUGAAACAAUUUUACUUGGCAGAUCUGAUAUACGCAAUCAACAAUUAAGGCAAAAUAUAAAAGAAUACUAUAAUCUCGUUGAGCAAUUCGACGAAUAUAGAAGAAAAUAUGUACCACCUAGAAAAAAUCAGGAAUUGUCCAAAUUGCACGAACAACAAAUCGAAACGAUUAUACAAUUGAGAAUACAGAAGAUGAAGCAGAGGAUGAUGCAAGAAAAGUUGAAAAAAGAAAAUGACGUGCCAGAGGAGACCGUAGAUCUUCAUGAAGAACAAAGCAGUAUUAAAAUUGACGAGCAAAAAGAAAAUUCAAAGUAUGAACCGUCCACAGAGUUAGAACAUCUGAGAGACGUUAUUCAACUAAAAAGAAAAUUAAUAGAAAAUACCGCACAACAGAUCAUAACAGAAAAAAAAUCACGAGAAUGGAAGUGUAGUUAUUUAAAAGAAAUGAUUGACGAAAUUAGAACAAUCGCGGAUAAAGCAAGUCAAUACGUAACCGAUGAAGGAGAACCAUCGUCGUAUGACCAGACGAACUUUGAAUGGUUAUUGAACAAGGGCGCAGUCAGACAUUUUUCUACUUGCAAGACAAAUUACAUACAGACAUACGAUUAUGACGUAGAAUUAAACAUAAAUGGUACAGAGUGUAACGAAAAUAGCUGACGGAUAUAAUUAAAUAGCUAUGUUAUAAGUUAUAACUUUUAUUUUAAUCA